AUGCCGCCGAGCGACUUGCUGUUCCUGGGCUUGACGGCGGCCGCUGCCCUCCUGGGCUGCCAUCUCCGCGGACGUGCCGCGCGCCGCCGGCUCCAAGAACUCCUGAAAGAGUUUGCGGGCCACGAGGGUCGCGUGGUCAUCACAGGGGCUGGGACUGGCAUUGGCAAGGAACUCGCACACCUCCUAUCACAGCAUCCCUCAAUCUCUGUGCUUCUGGGCUGUCAGCAUGAGAUCGAACGCCAAGAAGGUCGCACACGAGUGCUGCCGCUGGAGCUGCUCGAUUUGGAUUCUGUGCAGCGCUUUGCGGUCGAGGCACACCGUUUCCUGAGGGAGGGCAAGGAUGGUCUGCGCAUGUUGAUCAACAAUGCUGGCUUCAAGGAGAAGGAAAUCACCGUGCGUACGAAAUAUGGUGUGAGCCGAACCUGGCAGGUGAACUUCUUGGGCCCUUUCCUCCUCACGGAGAUCCUCGCCCGACUCCGAGAAACGGAAGGUCCUUCCCUGCCCGCCAGCGUCAUCAAUGUAGCCAGUGGCCAUGAGUCGGAGUCCAGCUUGGAUGAAGCUCUUCUGGACGCCCUGGCAGGAGAGCGCGAGACCACAAGCCACGAGUAUGCAGACUCAAAGCGGGCUUUGCUGUUGUGGACCUCCGUGCGCUCUCAAAGCCUCGCCUUGAAGGGCAACUUGUUUGCUCAUGCGGUGUCGCCGGGCAAGGUGAACACAAGGUUCGGCUGCGAGGACAUCCCUUGGUGGCUGUGGGUGUGGUCUGCGCCAGCUCGGAUGUUGAUGUUCCGAACUGUGUCUGAGGGAGCAUUGUCCAUUGCCGCGGCCGGCUUGCGAAAGCAUGCCACCAGCAAAUUCGGCCAGUAUUUCCGGGAGGAGGAGCUGUCCGAGGAUCUCGUCAUCUGGAGGAUGCCUGAGAAGCGCGUCUCAGUGCAGCUGGUGCGAUGGGCGUCUCAGGUCACAUCGUUGAAUGCACGCAUGGGUGGCCGACCUUUGGACAUUGGUGGUCGUUCGCUCAGCGUCACGGACCUCGUGAACCAAUCUAGCGGCGAGGACUUUCUGUUGUUGGCUGGGCUACCGUAA